AUGAUUUUCCGAUCUCUCCCAUCAAAACCCCUCCUCUUUCGCCUCUCUCUCCUCCCUCCCCGUCGAUUAAUCUCCACCAAUUCAUUUUCCACCACAACAGCCACCGUGUCCAACCUCUCUUCCUCUCGUCGCCACCAACACGACGAAGAUUCACGUUCCGUUAGAGUCUCCGUAUGGUGGGACUUCGACAAAUGCAACCUACCCGUGGGUACAAACGUCUUCAAGCUAUCUCAAUCCAUCACCGGAGCUAUCAGAAACAGCGGAAUCAAAGGUCCGAUCACAAUCACAGCCUUCGGUGGGAAGAAUAGUGCAGAUAGGUCUCUGAUAACAGAUCUUAUGUGUUGGGUUUCUCAGAACCCACCUCCAGCUCAUGUUUUUCUAAUCUCUAACGACGAGGGGUUUGCAAGUGUGUUGCAUAGGUUGAGGAUGAGUAACUACAAUGUUUUGCUUGCGAGUAAAGCAUCAUCAUCUGCUUCUCCUCCUGGUGUUUUGUGUAGUGCUGCUUCGAUUAUGUGGGAUUGGGAGGGUUUGGUUAAAGGAGAUGGUGUUGUUGCUGGUAAGUAUUUUAACCAGCCUCCUGAUGGUCCUUAUAAUUCUUGGUAUGGUCAUUAUAGGGUUCCUCUUCUUGAUCCGUUUGCAACUACUUCCUCCACUGAGCAGUUGUCUGUUGUGAAAAGUGAGGAAGUUGUUGAGAAGAUUCGUAUGGUGUUGAGUUUGUUUCCCAAGGGGUUAUCUGUUUCUGAACUACGUGCUGAGUUGAGUAAGUGUAAUGUGGUUAUAGAUAAAGAGUUUUAUGGACAUAAGUCUUUUGGUAGGUUUCUGCAGUCUAUGCCUGAUGUGGUUCAGGUUAGUAGAGGUAGUGAUGGUUUGUUUGUUGUUCGUGCUGUUACUGAAAAGGCAGUUCCUAAGCGGGUUGAUGAGAAGAUUAAAGAGAAAGUUUCUGUGAAUGCUUCAACUCAGAAAUUAGUGAAUGAUGUAGAGCUUGCUGGUGAAAGAAAAGGAAGAGAUGUCUCAGUUGGAAAGAAGCAGGUAAACGUAACGGAGAGUGAUAAAACUGUCAAGGAAAAAGCACCAGAGAGUUCCCAAGAAUCCAUUGUGGUUAAGCAGAAGAACGGUAAGUUAAAUGAUAAAGCUGCGGAGAUAAAUCAAGUCUCUCUUAUAGCAGGAAGUGAAGAUUCCAUGGAAGAUGGUUUUGUUCAGAAGUUGAAAAGACUAUGGUCUGGUUCACCUGAGAUGGAAUCAGUGCAUCUUUCAACAAAUAAAAGUGCUUCUGGAAGUGGAGACAAGGACGAAGGAUUUGUUAAUGAUGGCAAGGUUGAGGAUAAGGACUUAAAAUCAUCGAGUCAGGGAACUGAUUCCUUAUCCCAAAUCUCACCUUCCUUUGCCGGUAAAUCUGCAGAGGAUGUGAAAACAGGAACGGAUGAAGUAGGCAGUGGUGAUAAAAAUGCAAGUCCAGGCAUUUUCAGUCAACUUCUAAAGAGUUUCAAGUUCUGGGAAAGAAACACAAAGCUUAGCAAUGACCCUAGUGGGACUCAGAAGGUGGUUCAAGUAGAUGACAUCUUCGAAAACGAGUCUUCCUGGAACGAAGUUGAAUCUUUCAUUCAUUCUCCAAGAGGCUUCAUUAUUGUUUCUCACUCAAGGACAAGGGAGAUGAUAGCUAAAAAUCUGCAGAGGGAAGGGCCUUCCUGCCUUAAACAGCUCGAUGAAUCAAGCAUGCUUCAUUUAGUUACCUUAUUAAUAUCACACGAGAAAUGGAUUGAAGAAAACCCCUCUUCUUCCAUACCAUUCAGCAUCGUCAAAGACUCUACCCCGAGCCACGGUCAUGCUUCAAACGGUUUGAGCUUAAUAUUCUCUGAUUGUUCAAAACCACAAGACGGUGAGAAAAAGUUCAAGAACGUUGCUCAUGCUGGAGUAUCUAUUGGCGGUUACAAAAGCAAUGCAAUUGCUGAUUGUCAGAAGCUGAUAAAGAAGAUAACAGAGAAAAGCCCUGAAGGGUAUAGCUUGAUUCGUUUCAGGAAAGACUUCUUAGAGGGAUACGGGUACCAUUUAGAUGUUGAGAAGCUCGGUUACAAGAAUCUACAGUCGCUGCUACAAGUAAUGCCUGGAGUGAGAAUAUCAUCUGGUUACAUUCUUCCUUCAACAAGUGGUGGUAAGUCUACAAAAGAAGAUGAGUCAGACUCUUCAUUCGAGGAACUAGGUCCAGUUUCUGAAGCAACGAGUAGCCACCAGACGAUGACCAGGAAGCUUCCAGUGUAUGAACCAUCUCUCUCAGAGGAUGAAGAUUCUGGUUCAGAGAGAGACAUCCCGAAGAAGAAGAAGCAGGUGAUGAAUGAAAAUGAUAAAGAUAGCUCGUUAUUACAAAUUCUGGAUUCUUAUUACAAAAGCAAUGGGGAAGUUAAGAUGGAGCAACCAGUGGAGAGAAAGCUUGUGAACAACGUUAGGAAGCCAAAGCAUUCAAAGACUUAUUCUUUUGUUAAAGAUUCAGAAGUCCAGUGAGUGUAAGUGUGUUUUAGUGAAGAAUCUCCCGGCCGGUUUGAGGUUAACCGAACCCUUAAUGGGAAAUAAGGUCAGAUUGGUUCAAACUUUAAAGUGUAGUUUAGUUUAUUAUCUAAAAGAAAAAGAUUACAUUAUCUAAUAGCAGUUGCUUGCAUAACUGGUGUUUAUAUUUUGUGAUUUUCUAUCACGUGGUAUCCAUGAAG